AAUGCUUUUGUUUUUGUUCGUUUUGUGAGCAAAAAGCUCCAUAAAGACAGCGAAUGUGGUAGGGUUAGGAAAACCAAAAACAAAAAGCAAACAUAUAUAUGUGUUAAGUGUGACAUCAACAACAAAAACAAUAAUAGCAGUCUAUUACAACUUUCUGACGUCUAAUAUGCAUACAUAUGUACAUGCAUACAAAUGUGUGGAAGCGUUCAUACAUACAAUUAGUCAAUUAUUUACCACAGACAAUAGCCAGACAAUACGUCAAAAUAUAAGCGACAAAUAUGACAACGGAAACUUCAAUUAAAACCAUCCAACAACAUCUGCUGACUAUCGAAAAACUACGCACCGGAGUACGUCAAAUGUUGAAAUGUGUGAUAAACUUACAUAUUGACAUUUUGGUUUUAGAAUCAAAUGUCUCUCAAUUAAUUGACGAUGUGAAGGACCUGAAUGACGAGCUACUCGAAGUACAACGAUUAGAUGCGCUAAUCACUGCACUGCGCAAUUACAGCGGUCCAACCAUAUGUCACGAAUGGCCUUAUCCACUCAUAUUCAAAGGUACCGUCGAUGAUGCAGAUGUCGCACAAAUUCUUAAUAGAAAGCAACGAAUUGGUAGUAAAAGUAAAAAAAUGACAACAAAACGGAUUAUGGAUUAAAAAGCAGAGCAACGAUGAACAGUAAUUCGAAAGUAGUUGGCAAUGAGAUUACAUAGCAUUUAUUUUGUAAAUAAACAAUUUAAUAUACAACUCUAAUAACCAAAGCAUUUUGAAAGCUGUUAAGCAUACAUGCACAUGUGUGCAUAUAUAUGUAACUCUAUAUGUUGGUAUUCAUAUACUCAAUUAUGCUCAUAAGACAAGUAAAAUAG